AUGGGCGACGACGAGGAGCGGUUCUGCGCCUCCUCACGCCGCAGAGGACACGAAGAAAACGGAGAUAACGGAGCGUCUCUGGACCCGGACAGGGAGAGGAGGUACGCGGAGCUGUUCGAGCAGCUGGACUUGAAUAAAGAUGGCAGGGUGGACAUCAGUGAGCUGAGGACCGGGCUGGCAGCUCGAGGUUUACACCAAGGAGAGGCUGAGGAGAUCGUCCUCGAGAGCGACAUCAACCACGAUGGUUUGCUGGAUUUCCAGGAGUUCUCUCAGUACCUGCGUGCUCAUGAGAAAAGGCUGAAGCUAAUGUUCCACAACUUGGACCGCAACAAUGACGGGCGAAUUGAUGUGGGAGAGAUCCAGCACUCACUACGCAAGCUUGGAGUGGACGUUACCAUGGAGCAGGCCUCCAGAGUACUGCAGAGCAUGGACAGGGAUGGCACUAUGACCAUUGACUGGAAUGAAUGGCGCGAUCACUUCCUCUUCAACCCUCUCCACAACAUGGAGGAGAUUGUUCACCACUGGAAACACUCCCAUAUGUUUGACAUUGGGGAACAUCUGACAGUGCCAGAUGAGUUCUCAGAGCGGGAGCGGCGAUCCGGCCUGGUGUGGAGGCAGCUGGUUGCUGGAGCCAUGGCAGGGGCGGUGUCCCGGACAGGAACCGCUCCUCUGGACCGCCUCAAAGUCUUCCUGCAGGUGCACGGCUCUACUUCUCGGGGGAUUAAUCUGUGGUCCGGCCUGAGGGGUAUGGUUCAGGAAGGAGGCAUCGCUUCACUCUGGAGGGGCAAUGGCAUCAAUGUCCUAAAGAUUGCCCCUGAAUCUGCUAUUAAGUUUAUGGCCUAUGAACAGAUCAAGUGGCUGAUCCGGGGUUGUAAAGAAGGUGGCAGUUUAAGGGUACAAGAGAGGUUCAUUGCUGGUUCUCUGGCUGGAGCAACUGCCCAGACCAUCAUCUACCCCAUGGAGGUGCUGAAAACUCGUCUUACAUUAAGAAAGACGGGACAAUACUCAGGUAUGGCUGAUUGUGCGAAACAGAUCCUGAAGACGGAGGGCGUCCGAGCUUUUUAUCGAGGCUACCUACCAAAUACAUUGGGCAUCAUUCCCUACGCUGGCAUCGACCUGGCUGUGUAUGAGACUCUUAAGAACGCCUGGCUCCAGAGGUACUGUGUAAAUUCUGCAGACCCAGGAGUUCUGGUCCUGCUCGGCUGUGGUACUGUCUCCAGCACCUGUGGCCAGCUGGCAUCUUAUCCCCUCGCUCUCAUACGGACACGCAUGCAGGCACAAGCCAUCACUGAGGGUAAACCCAAGCUCACCAUGGUGGGCCAGUUCAAAUACAUCAUAUCUCAUGAAGGCGUUCCGGGCCUUUACCGAGGCAUCACCCCCAACUUUCUGAAAGUCAUUCCUGCAGUCAGCAUCUCAUAUGUGGUCUACGAGCACAUGAAGAAGGUCCUCGGGGUGGGCUACUAG